AUGAACAGUCCGACGCCUUGCACGAUCUGGUUAGCCCACAGACUAUUCUUUGGUAUAAAAAAACCUGAGCAAAUGGAAGUAAUUCUGAAUAGCCAGAAAUGCUUGGCGAAGGACGAUUUGUACAGGUUUUCCAAGCCGUUGGGAGGGAAUGGACUCUUCAGUUUAGAUGUAAAGAUGUGGAAAGUUCAUCGCAAAUUGAUUGCGCCCAGCUUCAAUCAAAGGCUUCUCGAUCAAUUCGUCGAUAUCUUCGUCGAGCAGUCCAACAUUCUCACCAACAAAAUUUUCUCCAAAAAGGUGGGUAAAUUCUUCAACGUCGAUGAAUACAUAACAGCAGCUGCAUUGGAAAUGGUCACUCAAACUGCAAUGGGUAUAAAAACUAAUAAUCAAGAAAGCAAUUGCGAACUCGCCGAACAAUUGAACAGAGGUUUAGAUAUUAUGUUCAUGAGGAUGUUCAACGUUCUUCUACAUUCGGACUUUCUGUUCCAUUUAACCAGUUUUGCAAAAGAAGAAAGAAUUAUAAUAAAUUCGUUCCAAGGCUUUAUUAGAAAGGUUAUCGCUGAUAAGAGAGCAGCUUUCAAGAAGAAAGAACAAGAAAUGAAAGAGUGCGUUGAAGCUCAAAUUGAUGAAGUCAAAGAGCGUAAAGUAUUUUUGGAUCAUCUCAUGGAAUUAUCUCAGAAUCAGCAGUUUACGGAUCAAGAAAUUAUUGAAGAAGUGCAAACAUUUAUGAUUGCUGGAUCAGACACUUCGGCUACAGUCGUUUCCUUCGUUUUAAUAUGUUUGGGAAUGUUUCCUGAAUACCAGCAAUUGGUUUAUGAAGAAAUCCUUGAAGUUGUUGGAUUAGAUCGAGACAUCGAGUGCACGGAUAUAGCGAAAUUUAAGUACUUGGAGAAAUUUAUAAAGGAAACGAUGCGGUUGUUCCCAAUUGGACCAAACAUAGUUCGAAAAAUAACGGAGGACCUUGAACUUGAUGGUCAUAUUCUACCAAAAGACAGUGGAUUGGUUCUGGCCAUUUUCAGCAUCCACAGGAACGAUAAAUACUAUCCCAAUCAUAUGAAAUUCGACCCGGAGAGGUUCUCUCCCGAAGAAACUGCUAAAAGACACCCAUAUGCUUUUCUUCCAUUUUCCGCUGGUCCCAGAAACUGCGUUGGUAUCAAAUUUGGUAUGUCCGUUGUGAAGACAAUAGUUGCUACGGUUACCAGAAAAUACUUCAUAGAAACGACCUUCAAGACAAUCGAAGACGUGCGAGUUAAGCAAUCAUUGAUCAUCAAGAGUUGCCUCGGAUAUCCAAUAAAAUUGACCGAACUGUACUCGAUAGUGAAAGUACGUUCGGUCUUUCUGGACUUGGGUUUCAUGAACACUUUGCUGAUUGGAUUCGGAGUUCUUUUGGUGAUUUGGUACUUCCGGUGGCGUCAGAGCAGGAAACAUCUGUACGAAGCAGCCGCGAAGGUACCGGUUUCAGGAUGCGUGACUGAACUUCCUUUUCUCGGCCACAGCCUUUACUUCAUCGGUGACACAGAACAGAUUUUGAAGAAUGUUAAUCAUAUAUCGUCGAACAGUACGACUCCUUGCACGAUCUGGUUGGCGCACAGGUUGUUCUUUCCUCUAUCAAAACCGGAACAAAUGGAGGUAGUUUUGAAUAGCCCGAAAUGCUUGGCGAAGGACGAUUUGUACAGGUUUUCCCAAGCUUUGGCAGGAUACGGACUCUUCAAUAUGAACGUUGACACGUGGAAAAUUCAUCGUAAAUUGAUUAUGCCCAGCUUCAAUCAAAGGCUUCUCGAUCAAUUCGUCGAUGUCUUCGUCGAGCAGUCCAACAUUCUUACCAACAAAGUUCUCUCCAAAAAAGUGGGUAAAUUCUUCAACGUCGAGGAAUACAUAACAGCAGCUGCAUUGGAAAUGGUCACCCAAACUGCAAUGGGUAUAAAAACUAAUAAUCAAGAAAGCAAUUGCGAACUCGCCGAACAAUUGAACAGAGGUUUAGAUAUCAUGUUCAUGAGGAUGUUCAAUGUUCUUCUCCAUUCGGAUGUUUUGUUCAAUUUGACCAGUUGGGCCAAAGAAGAAAGAACUAUCAUAAAUUCCUUCCAAGGUUUCAUUAGAAUGGUUAUUACUGAUAAAAGAGCAGAUUUCAAAAAGAAGGAGCUAGAAAUGAAGGAGUGCGUCGAAGCGCAAAUUGAUGAAUUCAAAGAGCGUAAAGUAUUCUUGGAUCAUCUCAUGGAAUUAUCUCAGAAUCAGCAGUUAACGGAUCAAGAAAUUAUUGAAGAAGUGCAAACAUUUAUGAUUGCUGGCUCAGACACUUCGGCUACAGUCGUUUCCUUCGUUUUAAUUUGUUUGGGAAUGUUUCCUGAAUACCAGCAAUUGGUUUAUGAAGAAAUCCUUGAAGUUGUUGGAUUAGAUCGAGAUAUUGAGUGCACGGAUAUAGCGAAAUUGAAGUACUUGGAGAAAUUUAUAAAGGAAACGAUGCGGUUGUUCCCAAUUGGACCAAACAUCGUUCGAAAAGUAACCGAAGACCUUGAACUUGAUGGUCAUAUUUUACCAAAAGACAGUGGAUUGGUUCUGGCUAUUUUCAGCAUCCACAGGAACGAGAAAUACUAUCCCAAUCCCAUGAAAUUCGACCCAGAGAGGUUUUCCCCGGAAGAAACCGCUAAAAGACAUCCGUACGCUUAUCUUCCAUUUUCCGCUGGACCAAGAAACUGCGUUGGUAUCAAAUUUGGUAUGUCCGUUGUGAAGACAAUAGUUGCUACGGUGACCAGAAAAUACUUCAUAGAAACGACCUUCAAGACCAUCGAAGACGUGCGAGUUAAGCAAUCUCUGAUCAUCAAGAGUUGCCUAGGUUUUCCAAUCAAAGUGACGGAACGUGUCGGUUCUUAA